GCGCUGUCCCCCACGAUGGAGCUCGGCACUAUUGUCAGCUGGGAGAAGAAGGAAGGCGACAAGCUGAAUGAAGGUGAUUUAUUGGCGGAAAUCGAAACCGACAAAGCGACCAUGGGCUUCGAAACGCCCGAGGAAGGCUAUCUGGCGAAAAUCCUAGUAGCGGCCGGCCAGAAAGACGUCCCAAUCGGCAAGCUCGUCUGUAUUAUUGUGGAGAACGAAGCGGACGUAGCUGCAUUCAAGGAUUACAAGGAUACGGGUGCUGCACCGGCGAAACCGGCUGCCGCCCCAGCACCUUCGGCCCCAGCUGCCGCACCACCAGCACCUACCCCACCGCCAGUGUCUGCCCCACCGCCACCAGCGGCUGCCGCACCGCAACCCAUGACGGCUGUGGAACAGCGUGGACCUCGUGUGUAUGCCAGCCCGAUGGCCAAAAAGCUUGCCGAGCAGCAACGUUUGCGACUGGACGGUAAAGGAUCCGGGUUGUUUGGUUCACUAACGUCUAAGGAUCUUGCAGGUAUGCAAGCGGCCGGAGCUGCUCCGACGGCCGGUGCACCUGCUGGGGCGGUUUCCAUCCCGGCCGGAGCUGCCUUCGUUGACAUCCCGGUGUCGAACAUACGGGGCGUGAUCGCGAAGCGGCUGCUCGAAUCGAAGACCACCAUACCGCACUACUACCUGACGGUGGAUGUAAAUAUGGAUCAGGUUACGAAGUUACGGGCACGCUUCAACAAGCAGCUGGAAAAGGAAGGCACCAAACUGUCGAUCAAUGAUUUCAUCAUCAAAGCGGCGGCCAUGGCAUGUAAAAAGGUGCCGGAAGCCAACUCGGCCUGGAUGGAUACGGUGAUCCGACAGUUCGAUUCGGUCGACGUGUCUGUGGCCGUAUCGACGGACCGGGGAUUAAUUACCCCGAUCGUGUUCUCGGCCGAUCGGAAAGGAAUUGCCGACAUUAGCAAGGAUGUAAAGAAUCUGGCAGCGAAGGCACGUGAAGGCAAGCUGCAACCGCAGGAGUUCCAGGGCGGUACGUUCAGCGUGUCGAACCUGGGCAUGUUCGGCGUGACCCAUUUCUGCGCCAUCAUCAACCCACCACAGUCGUGCAUUCUGGCUGUCGGCGGCACUCAGAAGCGUCUCGUACCUGAUAAGGACUCGGAAGCUGGCUUCAAGGAAAGUGACUAUGUUGCGGUAACGCUUAGCUGUGACCACCGUACGGUCGAUGGUGCCGUCGGUGCCCGCUGGUUGCAGUACUUCCGCCAGUUCCUGGAAGAUCCCAACUCGAUGUUGCUGUAAGGUGU